GAUGAAAGCACCGCGGAUGCUGUCACGUGACCCGCCAACCUGCGGUACCUCGGGGUCGAACUUGCAGCUGCUCUUAAAGACCCUCACCCGCCCGGUCGGAGCCAAUUCUGGACUCUCGCAGACUUUGAACCCUUCGCGGGACCUGAACUUGAUGCCAUGGGAGGCUGUGCGGGCUCGCGGCGGCGCCUUUUGGAUUCCGAGGGGGAGGAGACCACCCCGGAACCUCUGCCCCCGCUGCUGGACCGUCGGGGCGCCCUUUGGAGGAACAUGAUGGGUUUCUGGCUCCUGGGCCUUUGCAACAACUUCUCUUACGUGGUGAUGCUCAGUGCUGCCCAUGACAUCCUUAGCCACCAGAGGGCAUCUGGGAACCAGAGCCAUGUGGACCCAGACCCACCGCCCACCCCCCACAAUAGCUCAUCUCGAUUUGACUGCAACUCUGUCUCCACGGCUGCCGUGCUCCUGGCAGAUAUUCUCCCCACCCUCGUCAUCAAAUUGCUGGCUCCUCUUGGUCUGCAUCUGCUGCCGUACAGGUCUGAGUGGGGGUGGCAGGAGGAAGGUCAGGUGGGGCCUGAAGAGCGGGGAGGCCGGGAGGGCUACAGAAGUGGUGGGAGGGGUGGGGAGUUGUGGGCGGAGGCCGACCUUCCUCUUCCCUCCCAACCUCUCGCCCUCAGCCCUCGGGUUCUCGUCAGUGGGGUUUGUGCUGCUGGGAGCUUCAUCCUGGUGGCCUUUUCUCAUUCAGUGGGGACCAGCCUAUGUGGUGUGGUCUUGGCUAGCAUCUCGUCAGGUCUGGGAGAGGUCACCUUCCUCGCGCUCACUGCCUUCUACCCCAGGGCUGUGAUCUCCUGGUGGUCCUCAGGAACCGGGGGAGCAGGGCUGUUGGGAGCAUUGUCCUAUCUGGGGCUCACCCAGGCUGGCCUCUCCCCGCAGCACACCCUGCUGUCCAUGCUGGGUAUCCCCGCCCUGCUGCUGGCCAGCUAUUUCUUUUUGCUCACAUCUCCCGAGCCCCAGGACCCUGGAGGGGAGGAAGAGGCAGAGACAUCAGCACGACAGCCCCUGAUUGGCAGUGGGGUCCCAGAGUCGAAGCCAGACUCCAGCUCAAGCCUCUCCCUUCAGGAAAGGUGGACUGUAUUCAAGGGCCUGCUGCGGUACAUCGUCCCCUUGGUCCUGGUUUACUUUGCGGAGUAUUUCAUCAAUCAGGGGCUUUUUGAGCUCCUGUUCUUCCGGAACACGUCCCUGAGUCACGCUCAGCAGUAUCGCUGGUACCAGAUGCUCUACCAGGCUGGCGUCUUUGUUUCCCGCUCUUCUCUCCACUGCUGUCGCAUCCGUUUCACGUGGGUCCUGGCCCUGCUGCAGUGCCUCAACCUGGCCUUCCUGCUGGUGGACGUGUGGUUGAGCUUCCUUCCCAGCAUCUACCUCGUCUUCCUGAUCAUUCUGUAUGAGGGGCUCCUCGGAGGUGCUGCCUACGUGAACACCUUCCACAACAUCGCCCUGAAGACAAGUGAUGAGCACCGGGAAUUUGCCAUGGCAGCUGCCUGUAUCUCCGACACUCUGGGAAUCUCCCUGUCAGGGCUCCUGGCCCUGCCUCUACACGACUUCCUUUGUCACCUGUCUUGACGUUCUGGCUUCUUGGGACAUGGGACACACUUAUCUGGGCCUGCAAUGACAGGCGGGCAAGCCCGAGCAAGCUCUGGCCCAGGCUUCCCUGAGCGGCGGGGUGCAGAGAAGUGCUGAGGUCCCGUUCCCCUUCGAGCGAGCCAGCAGUUUUCGCCCACUCCCAGGCUGGCCUUGGGGAGUUUCUUCAUGGUGUUACGUCCUCAGAAUAAAUGCCUAUUUUAUCAAUUUUA